UCAUUCAUCUUAGUCUAUUCAUUCAAUCUAUUUAAAUUUUUAUUUAUUGUUCUCAUAGUUUUUUAACUAUUUUUAUUUUUAUGGUGAAUGCAUAUUCAUAAAUAAAUAUGAUUGAUGAAGAUAGAAAAACGUUAUGGUGUGGUAAUCUACCUGAACAAUCUACUGAAGAAUUACUUUAUGAGCUUUUCCUACAGGCAGGACCAUUGGAGAGUGUAAGGAUAGGUAAAGACAAAGAUGGACGUCAGAAAAACUUUGCGUUUAUUACAUACUGUCAUGAAGUAUCAGUUCCUUAUGCUUUGAAACUAUUUCAAGGUACAGCCUUGUUUCAUAAGAAGCUGACGCUGCAGUUCCGAGGUCGUCCAAUGCCACUUCCACCGCCGAUACGAUGCUACGGCCCAGAGAUGACAAUGGACUUUGACACUCUCAAUAAUGUUACUCAAAAGUUUAUAGACAUGACAGAAAAAUUGAAACAUGAUGACUAUGCCCCUAUUCAUAAUGUACGGCAAAAUCAAGACUACAAUGAUAAGCUAGUUAGGGCGAGUUUACAAGGUAAUUGGUCACACAGGCAUCACCCAUACAACCCACAUAAAGACAAUAAUAUGUAUACACGAGACAGCUACAGAUCACGGGAUAACUAUGGGGACAAUUAUAAAAGUAGCAAUCGCAAUAAGCGUUCAAGCAAUUGGCAUGACAGACGGCAUCACCAAAAAAAUUAUCACAGGAGAGAAUGACAGAUUAUUGUAAUUAAUACAACAAAUCAUGAACACAAAAGCAACAGCUAAGUUUAUGUUAAAAAAUAAAGACGGGAAGUGUUGAUAAUUUUAAAAGAAACAUUUCAAUAAGGGAGUUGGUAUUAACUGCUAAAUGUAUGAUAUUAAAAAAAAUU